AUGGCGACGGCCGGGGAGGUCAAGGCCGGUGAGGUCGACGAGCUCGAGACCACCACCGCGGGCGAGCCCAGCUCAGCUGUUGAAACGCCCACGGAGAAGGUCGAGGCAGAGGAACCGGCCGUGACGGAGGUGGUGGUCACUGCGGGCCCCGCCGAAAACGCGGCGGGCGGCGCGCAGGUCGCCGAUGGGGGGAACUCCACCGCGCUGCCGCCCAUUCGGCCCGCGAAUCAUUCGCCCACGGGGCGGCAAAGCUUAGUGCCGCCCAAGCAAGCGCGGGCCGAUGCCAGGAGGCGGAUCCUGGCGGCGCGCCUGGACCUGGAGCGCCGGGUGGCGGAGGCCACCGGGGCGCGCCUGGAGCGCCAGAAGGCGCAGGAGGCGGAGGCGCGGCAGCGCGCGGAGGCGGCCCAGCGCCGGGCCAGGAAGCGCCUGGCCGAGCGCAAGAAGUCCCGGUCGCCGGAGAAGGCGCUUGAGGAGGCACGCCUGGACCUCUUGGACAAGAGCCGCAGCCCCUCGCGGGACCUGCCGGGCCUGCGCCCUGCGAAGGCGAGGGUCAAGCAGAAGAUCCAGCGCCAGCGUGAGGAGCAACAGGCGCGUCUCCAAGAGAUUGAGGAGGACCGGCAGAGGGCGGAGCAGCGGAAGCGGGAGGCGGCUCAGGCGCUGGAGCUGCACCGGCAGCAGGCGGCCAAGCGGGCGGCGGAGCGGCUGAGGGCGGAGAAGGAGUCCGAGGCCAGGGCCAAGGCGGAACGCGAGCAGGAGUUGCAAGAGGCUCGGGAGAGGCAGAAGCAGUACAAAAGCCCAAAGUCCAUCGCCAAGCUCAUCUCCAAUGACGCGGCGCCCGGCGCCCACCUGGAGGAGCGAAAGCGGGCGGCGCAGCGGGAGGAGUCGCACCUGCGCCGGGAAAGGGAGCGGGCGAGGCGGCACCUGGACGACGGCGCGGCGCUGGAGCGGCCCUUUGGGACCCCGAGGCUCCCGUCCAAGACGAGGGAGGAGCCUUUUGAGGAGGAUGAGUUCAUGGCCAAGACGGUGCAUGCCUUGACAGAUGAAGAUUGGAAGGUGAACAUCAAGUUCUCUUGA